GAGGGACAUGAGUUUCCAGUUCGAUCAUAAACUUGAUACCUCGGUGGAUAAUGGUCUAAGCUUUAAGCACAAAGUUAUCCACACACCAUGCAGAGCAAAGCCAACUCGUCCGCAGCCAGCGCCAGCGUGAGAGGUGCACUGCUGCUGAUGAUAGUCGUGUGCUUGGUGGAGUGCACCACAGAGCAGAGAAUUAACAGUAGAGGCAGCAAGCCCUCGAAUCUUAUACAGAAAGUCAACGGGUGGCGCAGCCAGCGCGGAGGUUCCUGUUUAAGCUACGGACACUCUUGCUGGGGAGCGCACGGUAAGCGUUCUGGAAAGCCUCCCGCAUCAGCUCCAGACUGGUACAUCACCAGGAUCCUUCGACGCAUGGCCGCUAGCAACGAUCUGAACCGCGCAAAACAACUCGAAAAUCAAAACAAUCAAAAUGACGACGCCAUCUACCGGGUGGAGGAGGACUCGCCCUCGAGCAACAGGUUUAUGGGCGACAGUGAAGAGGUUCCCAUAGAGCAGUCGGUGAGGGGUCUCGAAGCGAAGCCGAUGCUGGAUGACGACAUGAUUUCCAAAAUGAAGUUAUGGCAGAUCAUGAAAGCGGCGUCUGAGGAGAAAUGAACAGAGAACGCAUGAACUGGGCUCACUCCAUAAUUCCUUACCCGUAGCUGAAAAUAUAACCAAUUUAAUUCAAUUAAUUGAAUACUCCGCCGAAAGGUCAAUUGUAAGGCUGGGUUGCAAUUGACCCCUGUAAGAUAUAGCAUAAGUGUAUGUGCCAUCGCUGAGUACAUAAUAAUAUUAAAUUUACUUCAAGUUUCUGCAUUAUAUUA